UGCAUUAUAUAUAUUCCAGCACAUUGUAUAUCCCAUAUAUUUUAUAUAAACCUUAUAUAUCCAACUUCACUGUACUUUUAUUUGGAUUUUCAACCACUUUUGUCUGACUGUAAAUCCCCCUGUCUCUGUGUAAGGAUGCUAAUGGGUACGAAUGCAUAUAGAAGUGCCAAAACACUGCAGUUCUUCCCAGAAACACAGUCAUCACUCUCAAACAUGCAAGACAAGCAAACAUAACACAUUUUAAUGGAAAUAUUAUAAUUAUGGCAGCCAAUAAACCCCCCUCCCCCUUCCUUUUUUUUUUUUUUUUUUUUUUUAAUUUAGACAUCUGCAGCCUGCAGCUUACUACUCCCACUAAAACCAGGAGUUAAGCCGGGUAGGGGUGGAGAUGGAGGGAGGGGAGGAGGAGGGGGGCAGCUUGUGAACGCAGCAUGAUAAAGCGCACAUGGAACUGCCUCCUCCUGAACACACCAUCCAGUGAUUGGAUCCAGUCCUCGGAGGAGCGCUCUCUCUUUUGGAAGCCGUGUGACAGGAUGAACAUCAGCUGUGAAGUGGCCUCACCAGCUGCUUCGCGGCGCGUCGGAGCUCUGGGAACUCAGAAACCCGCGCAGCCGGAGGAAUGAUCGCUGACACACUGCGUACCUUAAACAUCCACCAGCAGCUGGGGGAGAUGCAGCUACUUCGUCUCCAAGUGGAUUCACAGACUGCGUCCUAACUUCUUUUUUUUUUUGUCUUCCCCUCCUGUCAGAGAGGACUGUGCGGUUGCAAGAGGGGAAAGAAAAAGACUGAACACGAUGCGCACCCGAUUUCCAAGUGUUGCUGUUCUCCCUGAACAUGUGCAACACGCACAGCGCCACACGGACCUCCACCAGUAACCCCUCCGCUGGCUCCGGAUCUGCCUGAAUCAUGUUUAUCCUGUGGGUCCCGGUGAGCUUGUUCCUCGGCUUCAUCGUCUCCAAGACGUGGAGCGUUCAGAUGUCGUGGGAAAACUGGAACGCCGCGCAGCGCAACAGAGGGAACGAGUUCGGCAAGACGAGCUCCCAGCCCCACAUCGUUUUCAUCCUGGUGGACGACCAGGGGUUCCGGGACGUCGGGUAUCACGGCUCCGAGAUCAAAACCCCGGCACUGGACCGGCUGGCAGCGCAGGGAGUCAAGCUGGAGAAUUACUACGUGCAGCCGCUGUGCAGCCCGUCCAGGAGCCAACUCAUGACCGGCAGGUAUCAGAUUCAUACAGGCCUUCAGCAUUCCAUCAUCCGAGCCACUCAACCUAACUGCCUCCCCCUGGACAACGUCACCCUACCCCAGAAGCUCAAGCAAGCCGGCUACUCCACCCACAUGGUGGGGAAGUGGCACCUGGGCUUCUACAAACGUGGCUGCCUUCCGACCCAGCGUGGCUUUGACACCUUCUUCGGAUCCUUGCUGGGAAGUGGGGAUUACUACAGUCACUAUAAAUGUGAAGGGCCCGGUAUGUGUGGCUAUGAUCUGUAUGAAGGGGAGGAGGCGGCUUGGGAACAGGACCGCGGGCUCUACUCUACUGUGAUGUUUACCCGAAAGGCUAUCAGCAUUUUAGCCAAUCACGACCCUCACAGACAACCCCUGUUUCUCUACUUAGCUUACCAGGCAGUUCAUUCCCCGCUUCAGGUCCCUGCCCGCUACCUCGAGCGCUAUAAGGGCAUACCGAACCUGCACCGGCGUAAAUAUGCCGCCAUGGUUUCCUGCCUAGAUGAAGCAAUCCACAACCUCACGGUAGCUCUAAAGCGCUACGGUUAUUAUGACAACACAGUCAUAGUGUACUCCUCAGACAAUGGAGGCCAGCCAUAUAACGGAGGGAGCAACUGGCCCUUGAGGGGGAGCAAGGCCACCUACUGGGAGGGGGGCAUCAGGGCGGUGGGGUUUGUUCAUAGUCCCCUAUUGGUGAAUAAAGGGACAAAAUGUCGAUCUUUGGUCCACAUUACUGACUGGUACCCAACACUGGUGACCUUAGGAGAGGGAACUCUGGACGAAGAUCUAAAUCUGGAUGGGUAUGAUGUUUGGGAGGCUAUCAGCGAAGGCCGCCCUUCACCUCGCCAGGACAUUCUUCACAACAUUGACCCAAUUUACAUCAAAGCCAAGAAUGGUUCAUGGAAGGCCGGGUAUGGCUUAUGGAACACGGCAAUCCAAGCUGCUCUCCGAGUGGGCCACUGGAAGCUCUUGACCGGUGUGCCCGGCUUCAGUGACUGGGUGCCCCCGCAGACCUUCUCCAACCAGCGGCUAACCAAUCGCUGGCACAACGAGCGUGUCCGCUGGGACCGGGGUAAGUCCAUCUGGCUGUUCAAUAUCACGGCUGAUCCUUACGAGAGAGUGGACUUGUCCCAGCGUUUUCCACAUAUAGUCAAGAAGAUGCUGAUGCGCCUAGCGCAGUACAACAAGACUGCUGUGCCGGUACGCUACCCGGCGAUAGACUUGCGGUCCAACCCUCAGUACAAUGGGGGCGUGUGGGGACCCUGGUACAAAGAGGAUAAGGACGAACAGGAGGAGGACGAGAGGUAUCAUAACUUGUUCACCAACCAUCUUGGCAAAAGAAGAUGGAAAAAGAAAUCAAUGAACAAAAAAAUGAAACGGAGGGUAACUGAGUAGCUAGACACAUUUGUUACAGACUUCCUUCAGUUGGUUUUUCUCAGGGACUGACGCAUCCUGCUUCCGGGAUGUCUUUUCAGAUGUUUGAGCUCCAGGUAGUUUUAACUUAUCUCCAAUACUGUAUGAGAAAAGUGGACCUUUUAGGACUAAGGAAAAAAUCACUUGUUCAAACACUACUGUCAUGCUCAGACACAACUAAGACCUCAUAUCAAUGCUGGGGGCAUACAAAGAAUGUUUAUUUUUUUAGGUUCUGUUGCAUGUUUGAACUCAUGUCACUUUUACGUCGAUAAUAGAUUCAUGUUUCUUGUAGAGUAGAGAAUAAUUGUUCCUUGACAGUUGCCAUAAACUCUGGUGACAGAGAAAUUAAGUAAGACAUAGUUCUAUUAUGUUGUCGAUUGCAAUGCCACGGUAUCGGGGGGAAACAGAUGUAGAAUUUAUGUGACACCUGAGUUGAUGGACUUUGUUUUUAUAAGCGCAGGCUGUCUGAACUUUAGAAUAAUAGUUUUUGUUCCCUCUUUUACAUGAUGUCUGGUCUGGCACCAGGCCAACCUGAAUGUAAGACACACUGACAAAAUAAAAGUGCCCCAGACACAAAGCUCUUUGUCUCCUGCAAUCUUUCAACCUUUGUCUGGUUUGCUUUUUAUUAUAGGAAGACUUUUCUUUUUAUACUGAUGACAAGAGGUACUCUUGUAACUGUAAAGGCUUUACGAUCACUUUCAUAUUUAAAACUGACACGCUGCCACUAAAUACAUUGAUUCAUGGAAAAUACUGUAAAUCUGCUGGUGAUAAAGACCUAAUUCCUUUCUCGCAGUGUCUAAAAAUGGUGCUCCUCAUCCAGUGUUGCCAGAUAUACGAUAAUCAUCGUAUUUAUAUGAUAGUUUCUGGGCCUAUGUGAUAUAAAAUACAAUUGGCAGUUUACUGACGAUGAAUAAAGCAGUUGUUUCAUUGAAAUGGC